AGACAGGAACACACACACACACAUAUACUGUACACACAGCCCCAUCAACCGGGGAGGAACCGAGCCCAGUGCCCGGUCCCGGAGCCCCAAGUGGACGGGAACCCACUAAGCAGCACUCGGACACCUGGUUUCUCGCUCCACCGGCGGGGAUUAUUUUUUGUGGGCAGAAAGGAGCCCCGUUUCCUCGGAUUUGUUUCCCCCGUUUCUUUGGGAAUCUGUCGCUGGAAGCCGGUCACAAGGGGCAGGAGCAGAGCGGCUUUGGGACAGUGUUACAGCCGGCGAUGGCAACCUUUCCCAGCAUUGGCACCGCGCUCUUCCUGCUGUUAGUUCCCCAGGUUUCUGCUCGCGGUACAUUCGAGUUGAGGAUCGAACAGUUUGAGAACUCCGGGGCUCUGUUAGCUGCUGGGAACCGCUGUGUACCUGAGUGCCGAACCUUCUUUCGGGUGUGUCUGAAGCAUUUCCAGAAGGUGGUCUCCCCGGAGCCGUGUACUUACGGCAAUGUGCUGACCCCGCUGCUGGGAACAAACUCGUUCACUGUGCCAGAUAACCAACCUCCGCUCAGGAUCAACUUCACCUUCAAGUGGCCGGGAACCUUCUCUCUGAUCAUUGAAGCCUGGAAUUCUGCCUCGAACCUGCCGAGUCUCAAUGUCACCAGCCCCGAGACGUUGAUCAGUCGUUUUGCCAUCCAGAGGCACCAGCCAGUGGGCACAGCCUGGGCCCAGGAUUCCCUGCAAGGGGAGCACACCCAGUUGUACUACUCGUACCGGGUGGUAUGCAGUCAGCAUUACUACGGAGAGGGAUGCUCCGAUUACUGCCGGCCCAGGAACGACACCUUUGGGCACUACACCUGCGGCAAGGAGGGCCAGAGGCUCUGCCUGCCGGGCUGGCAGAAUGAAUACUGCUCACAAUCGAUUUGCCAGGCUGGAUGCAGCUUGGAUCACGGCUACUGUGACCAACCAGGAGAGUGCAAGUGCCACUAUGGAUGGCAGGGCCGUUUGUGUGAUCAAUGCAUGCACUAUCCUGGCUGUCUACAUGGGACAUGCCAGCAGCCCUUUCAGUGUACCUGUAAGGAGGGCUGGGGCGGUCUCUUCUGUAAUCAGGACCUGAACUAUUGCACUCACAACAGGCCCUGCCUGAACAACGCAACCUGUACUAACACUGGCCAGGGCAGCUAUACCUGUACGUGCCAGCCCGGCUUCACCGGCACCAACUGCCAAUCGGCCCUUCGCCAAUGUGACAGCAGCCCCUGCCGAAACGGGGGAACGUGCACGGAACUGGACAACUCGUACAUGUGUUCCUGUCUCCCUGGCUUCUAUGGACAACACUGUGAGGACAGCACCCUCACCUGCGCUGAGUCCCCCUGUUUCAAUGGCGGCUCCUGCAUCGAGAGAUCACAGGGCCCUCCCUACAGCUGUAUCUGCCCACUGGGCUUUACCGGCUUAAACUGUGAGCAGAAAGUGGACUGGUGCACCAGGAACCUGUGUGCAAAUGGAGGCCAAUGCUUCGACCUGGGGUUCUCGAGAAUGUGCCGCUGUCAGGCCGGCUUUGCUGGGCAAAGGUGUGAGAUCAACGUGAACGACUGCGCCAGAAGCCCAUGUGCCAAUGGGGCCACCUGCAUUGACCAGAUCAACAACUACACGUGCCUGUGUGCCGCUGGCUUCUCAGGCCGGGACUGUGACCAGCCGCUGGGCAGCGAGUGUGACUCCAUACCAUGCCACAACGGCGGGACGUGCCACGCUGGCGUGUACGGUCAAACCUUCGUGUGUCAGUGUCCCGUCAACUUCAUGGGGCUCCUCUGCGAGAUUCCCGUCUUCUCUGUCCCAUUGCAGAAACAGCAGCAGCCCCCCAGCCCCUUCCCCUGGGUCGCAGUGUCCCUGGCCUUUGGACUGAUGGCUUUCGUCAUGCUGCUGUGCGUCCUGGCCAUUGCUUUGAGGCACGUGCAGAGGCCAGGCGGGGGGCAGCGCCACGACACGGAGACCAUGAACAACCUAACUGAGUCCCAGAGGGACAACCUGAUCGUGGAAUCGCAGCUCAAGCUCACCAACAAGAAGGUGGACCUGGAUUCUGACUGCAUCGUAGAGAAGACCAACUACAAAGACAGGAACUUUGCUCUCGAUUGGAAUUUAGCUGCAGGCCUCAAGCCUGAUCUGACUCAAGACCUGAAAUGCCAUAAAAAUCAUAGAAAAGAGGAAAGUUUGCCCCUCAGAAACCCGUGUCAUCAACAGCCAGAGUGCAGAAUAUCCACAGUUUCAAGUGCCCGGGGCUUAAUGUACCAGCCCGUGUACCGCACUAGUGAGGGCAGGAUGCACGAUAUCAUCACUGAGGUUUAAUUGCUUGAUGCAGGAGAGCUGACAGUCUGUCGAGAGGUUCUUCCGCCCUGUCUGUUCACACAAAGUGGGACUGCUCUUUUUAUUUAUUCGCCACUUGCUCCUGGGUCUGAGGAGCUGAAGACUGGGGCCUGUGGGCAACGAGGGUAACGUUCUGCCUCUCAGAUUCUCUGGAUGGCAUGGUGCCCUUGGCGAUUAACUCCACCAACCCUUCAGCCCGACGGGUGGCUGCUAGGGGAAGAAAGCGGGAGAUUGGCUGGGAGCCGUGGUCGCGGAAUGAACGGAAAGCUCCAAGGGUGCAUCCAGGACCUCAGGGACACCACGCUGAGUGACACUACAUGAAUUCACACCACUGUCCUCCCUUGGAGAUGCUGCUGUAUUUGUGAAGGCAUACAGACCCGGGAGCCUGAUGCACGGCCCGGUCUCUAUUUAUUAUUUCAGAAGGGUGGGUGAAUUGUACCAGAACCAUUUUCUAACCCUGAGGCACCCAAUUCCUCAUUCACACUAACUGAAGUAGCCCAGGGCCUGGAUUUGAGUUAAGCCCCAGGCAGGGGCACUUUGGACCAAGCCAAGAUCACACACCGACUCCCUCGACCCAGAGACUGGAUUAACAUCUUCAUGUGAAGCAGACAGACAGCAGGGUCUCAAAUACAGACAGCCCCAUUAUGAUCCCUUGAUAAUGUUAUUUUUGUUAAGGUUGGGUAUUUCAUAAUUAAUUUAAAUGUGAAGCACUGAACUUUCUACUUUUAUAUAAUUAUUUUGUAUAUAAUGUAUAUUUAUAAAUGUCUUCACAUGUAAAUACACUUAUCACUUCACACAUGGUUUUAACUUCUUGGCAAAGUUUGAAUUUAUUUUUUUGUCCAAUGAAA